CUUAGAGGCAGGGUGGGAGUAGGCGCCGAGAGAAGGCAGCUCAACGCGGCUGAGGCGCCAGCAGAAUCCUGCUGACAAAUUGUGAGGCUUUAAUGCCUUGUCCCUCGCGCGCGGCUAUUUACCCGCGCUUUUAAUAAUCUGAAAAACUGGACUCUGCUCCUCAUUUUCUUCCCAUGAGGCCACAGUAAAGAACUUGUCAUUUGAGGACAAUUAAACCUCUGAUGAAACAUAAGCCAGGCAAUAGGUAUAGGAUUGCCUUCUGCAGAAACAAGCAUCACCGCACCACAGUGUAAUGAAGCCGUUACUUGCAACCGCUUCAGGAUGUUGUCGCAGCAAAAUGUGGUUUUGGACUUGAUUUUUAACCGUACAGAUUAAUUUCUGGAGCUUCAAAAUACAAUGAGAUGUAUUUUGAAAUGCCUGCUAUUCAUUUGUGGAUUUCAGGGCAUGAGAAAAAAUGGGAAGCAUGCCUGAUUGCUGCAGAGAGGCCUUGGAGCUGAUUCCUUGAAACCACUAGGAUGCCUGGCUGUUUUAAAAAGACUUUAUUUGCCUUGGCUUCCCUAAUAAGUUUUGUGUCUUCUAUCUUGAUUGUUGUUGCAAUGGGGACCCCAAAGUGGAUGACUGGAAAGAUCCUUUGCAAAACAGGAGCUGAUCUGGUCAAUGCCACAGAUCCGGAGCUGGUCAAGUUCAUCGGGGAAAUUUACUACGGACUCUUUCGGGGUGGCAAAAUACGCCAGUGUGGGUUGGGCGGGCGGCGUUCCAAAUUCACAAUUUUCCCACACAUGGUGAAAAAGCUGAAUACAGGCCUGCACGUGAUGAUUAUAAUGUUCCUCUGUGUGGCCAUUUUCUUUUCUCUGGUCAGUUUUGGAUUCUGCAUUCUUAACGCAAUAAAAGUUCCUUACCGGGCAAUUAAAGGUCCAGCAGGAGUAUGCCUUUGGAACUUCCUUGCAGGUGGAUUUGUAGUACUUGCAGUCACCAGCUUUAUGGCUGCUGUGAAACUUCAUCACCUCACAGAAAGAAUUGCCAAUUUUCGGGAAAACGUCUUUCAAUUCGUCAUCUUAGAAGAACAGUUUGAAGACUGUUUUUGGCUUUGUGUGGCAAGUGCUACAGCACAUGCAGUAAAUUUGCUGCUAAUAGCCAUUAGUGGGAUUCAUUUCCCUAAAAUUAAGACUAAAACAGAAGAAGCAAAUGUUACAGCAGAAGAUAUCAUGUACUAAAAAAUUUACACAAAACUGCUUUGGUCAAGUGAACUGUCAUGAUAGAAACAGCUUCUUGGCUCUUCAGCUUUUGAUUUGGAUAGAUGAUUUUGGUAUAAACAGGAGUAAAGAUGUCAGUCUACAAUACCAGCAA